AUGUCCCCCUCUGGACAAACCACCUCAACCCUGGCCAGCUUCACCCCCCAUCCCGAUGACCAUCGCCGCCGCAAGAGGAACCGCACAAUGCAAUCCUGCCUGCCCUGCCACACAAACAAACGCAAGUGCAACCGAGGACGGCCGUGCGAGCGAUGCACCUCGCUCGGGAUCACUGGAAAUUGCGUCUACGAGACCGAGGAUCCAAGCGUGAUCAAAAAGAUUGACCUCAAAGACCCCGCAUGCGAGAUUGCCCGUCUGCGGGAUCGUAUUGCUGAACUCGAAGGGGUCGUCCGGAUCCUUAAGGGAAGACCCCAUCCCAAGCAACAGCGUCACCCUAAUGGUUCCAUCGGAGCCCAAUCCAGUCUGAAUAGCCCAACCCUCGGUCCAUCAAGUCCAACUUUCUCUCGCUCCCACUCUCAAUCUCUUGGUGCCUGGAGCAUCCAAGAUGACGGUAAUCAUCCAAUGUUAGACCUCUUCCAAUCUUCUUCUUCUCAUCGGAAUCGGGACAAUGACAGCUCUGAGCCCGUCUCACCAUCCUUUGGUGGCCUGAACUAUAGCCAUACGCGCCCGACGAGAAGUUCAAGCUUCAGGACCGAUCUGGGCUCACUAGUCGAAGAUCUCAAAGAAAACCAACGCCUCGAAAAUAUACCCUAUCUCCGACAGUCAAGUUGUCCACCCGGAAUGAAAUGCUAUGGAGAAGAUCAGAACGUGAUCGAGGACGACGAAGAUGGCCGGAAGAUGUUUCUCGGACACGCAGCAGGGGGAUCACUGCUGCGAAAGCUCCAAGGUCUAACCUCUCCCGAGCUCAAACCUCAUACCUUGGACUCUGACACCAGCCCGCCACGAAACGAAAUGAUUACUGCAAAAGUGGCCUACAUGGGUCUUUUUGGUGGUAAAAUCGGAAAGCGCUGGGCCUUCGAAACACCCGGAUCAGUCACUAGCAGUUCAGAUAUGAGAAAUGUAUUACUAGAUGCUUUGCCUUCCACAGCGUGCGCCCAACAGCUUUUGGAAGCAUUUCUUCAGGACGUGGAUUGUUUUUACCACGCAUGGCAUACCCCAACAAUCAUCGAUCUAUACCAGGGAUUCUUCUCGUCAUCAAGGUCGGAACAGGAGCGACUACCUUUCAGCAAAUUGAGUGUUAUCCUCAGCAUUCUCACCGCUACCUCCGACCUUGCGAGUCAUAUCAUAGAUGCCCCUCCAAUGAUGGUCGGGGAGGCCAAGGAAGACUACCAGAAGAGGUUGAAAACAUGGCGUUUCUCCUUCUCCAACAAGCUUGCCUCCUGUACGGUCCAUUCUCUCAAACUAGCCUCCUAUUUGGGGCACCCAUCGAUCGAGUGCAUCCAAGCUCAAUUAUUGCUCGUCCUUUACAUGGUCAAUAACGAUCGUUGCACUGAUGCGUGGUGCUUUAUUGGCGGCGUAAUCAAACAGGCUCAGUGUUUGGGCUUACACAUCGACCCAUCAAAACUCAAUCCACAUAUGCCCGUCCUUGAGCAGGAAUUACGUCGCCGGGUUUGGUGGUCAGUUCAGACGUGGGAUGUCUUCCUAGGCAUUGCAUUUGGAUGGCCAGCUGGUGUCACCUUGAGUGAUUCCGAUCUCCCCUCCGAUCGAACUGAGGACAGUUUGAUGGGACAAGCUCUGGCUACCCCUCCCAGCCUACCUCCACAAGGUGUCACAGAGCUAACGUUUCAUGUCUUCAACUGGGAGACUUGCCUUUACGCUCGUAACAUGAUGGAUAGAAUCUUUGGACAAGCUUCGUGGGGCUGGUGCAAGACAUCAGAGCCACCGAAGGGGCCAAAGUACGAACAUGUCGUCGAAUUGGAUACGACCAUCAAGACAUGGUAUAACCGUGUGCCAGCUGCGAUGAGAUUUGAACCAGACCCAAUCGAAGAGUACUCAGCCACCAAGCCAAGCGGGUCCUUUCAGCAGACGACCAGUCAAGUUUUUCAACCCUCGUCCACUGGUGUGGGUAUAGAUGAUAUUCGGCGGCGUGAACCGAUGCUGGCCAAACAGGCACUCUUAUUAUCGAUAUCUCAGAAUACAAUCCUUUUGCUGCUACAUCGCCCGUUCCUUAGCCUCUCAUUGGAAAAUUCAGCCGGUGCCACAGGACACCAAAUGUCGGAGGAGCAAUGCGUCAGGUCAUCUCAAGUGAUCAUCGAGGCCCAACGUUUGCUUGUAGAGCUCUUCCCGGCAACUCGAAGGAUGUGGUACGGCUGGUACCUCACAUUUCAUGCUGCAAUGACAUGUGCUUGGAUAUCCCUUCUUCGCACUCCAACCCAUCCGAUGUCUGGCCUGUCGCGGAAAUGUAUCACUUUGGGAAUCGAAACCUUUGAGCUGGCUAUCAAGACGCCCGAGAGCUUGCCCGAAAACUACCUUCGUGCCUGCUCUCAGCUACGAGCCAUCCGAAAUUACAGUAAUCGCAAAUUGAAUCCUCCCAAGGCAAUCACUUAUUCCACGCAUGUCUUCGGGCCCACGAGCUCUAUCUCACCACUUGCUUAUAGCCUUGCCCCUCGCGCCAUGAGUACGCUUGCUAGAAAUAUCGACAAGUAUCCAAACUUUGUAGAGCCUUCGGCCCGACUAAACUUCGGAAACGAGCAACAUAUGAUUGUCUUCGACGACCCGGCGAGCUCUUCACACUCUUUAACAUCCAAAGCAUCAUCCUAUCCCAAGGAGUCCUCCUCCCAUCAUAGUUCCUUAUCAAACUCUGAUGACAAAGCAAGCUGUUUAGACGAACCAAGUUCAGAUCCCCAACUCCACGCCCCAGUCCACCAUCCACCAUUCCGCUUUGACUCGAAUAACCAGCAAACUUUUACGCGGUUCACGCGAUCCGCGGAAGUUGGAAGUCAGGAUCACAAUAACGAUUUUUCUGUCGGCUCUGAUCCUUUGCACCGAUCUUCUGAUUCCUCAACCAAGCAUCGGUCCCAUCUCGCUCAUCCGGGAUCCAUGCACCCUCUCGACUCUUAUUCCACCAUCGGCCAUUUGACUCAGCCGCAACUCCCUCCAAUCCAUGGAUUUUCCUCUCCCGCCUCCGGUUCUGGCAUCGGCUUUUGUUCGGGGACCGCCUCUAGUACGGCGCCCCCGCUCUAUGCGGCCCAAUAUGCAAUGAACUCUCUUCAAUACCAAGACGUCAACGUGAAUAUGAACGUUCCCCUCUCGAUGUUGGUCAUGCAUCAUGUCAACUCGGCUGAAGAACAUGGCGAAUCCCAUCAUCCCAACGAGCAUUAUUCGUAUGACUCGGUGGGACAGAUCCGAGAGGAAAACCCGGCCAAUAACUUACUUUUUGGGAGCUAUCUUGGGGAAAAUUGA